UGCCGGAGGAGGACGAAUCCCGGAUCAUCGGUGGGAGACCUUGCUCUAUCAACCAGCGACCUUUCCAAGUUGCCCUCACCAAAAGAGGUCAAAUCCUAUGUGGGGGAAGCUUGAUAGACGCCCAAUGGGUCCUGACAGCCGCCCACUGCAAGCAGCCAAUCAGAUGUGAACACCUGCAGAUUUUUGGUGGGCAGAAGUUGAGUCUGGUACCUCCAGGGAUUGGUACCUUCAGGGAUUGGUACCUCCAGAGGCUGGUACCUCCAGGGGAUGGUGACGACACUAAGCGGAGCCGGUUCCCCCUCACAGCCAAGUUUCUCCGGCUUCUCCACAAGGUCCUGGACCUCAGCGUGUUAAUCGGGACGGACACGUUACGGGAUGGGACGGGGGAAGUGAGGUCCAUUUCAAAGCUCUACGUCCAUCCGGCCUACAACCCCCGCAAGAACGAUAACGACUUCAUGCUCCUGAGGUUGAACAAGCCCGUUCAGUUCAGCAACAACAUCAAGAAGAUCAGAUUAGCCACCAAGUGUCCCAUGGAUGGGAUGAGGUGCAGCGUCUCUGGCUGGGGCACCACUAAGUCCCCUGGAGCAAAGCUGCCCAAAAAUUUGCAGUGCGCCGUCAUCCAAACCUUCGGGAAGGGCAAGUGCGCCAGGGCUUAUGGGAACGCCAUCACCCCCAACAUGUUCUGCGCCGGCGUCCCCCAGGGGGGCAUCGAUUCCUGCCAGGGUGACUCCGGGGGCCCGCUGGUGUGCAACGGGGUGCUGCAAGGCGUGGUCUCGUGGGGGAUGGCC